GAGGGAGGGCUGUGGUGCCGCCGGGAGAGACGACUGCAUCAUGCUGGUGAAGAGGGUCGGCCUGAAGGCGGGCAGCAGCGGCACGCAACAUGGUAUUAGUCGGCCAAGUGUGUACCAUGCGGUGGUGGUCAUAUUUCUAGAAUUCUUCGCCUGGGGGCUCUUGACAACUCCAAUGCUAACAGUCUUACAUGAAACAUUUUCCCAUCAUACAUUUUUAAUGAAUGGUCUUAUUCAGGGUGUUAAGGGCUUUUUCUCUUUUCUUAGUGCUCCGCUAAUAGGUGCUCUAUCAGAUGCAUGGGGAAGAAAAUAUUUUCUUCUUAUUACAGUUUUCUUCACUUGUGCCCCAAUUCCAUUAAUGAGAAUAAGUCCAUGGUGGUACUUCGCUUUGAUUUCGGUGUCUGGAAUCUUUUCUGUUACCUUUUCUGUAAUAUUUGCUUAUGUAGCUGAUGUAACACAAGAACAUGAAAGAAUUACAGCGUAUGGACUGGUAUCUGCCACUUUUGCAGCAAGUUUGGUAACUAGUCCUGCCAUUGGAGCAUACUUGUCUGCCAGUUAUGGAGAUAACCUCGUCGUGCUAGUGGCCACAUUGGUGGCAGUUGUGGACAUCUGUUUCAUUCUGCUAGCUGUACCUGAAUCUCUGCCAGAAAAAAUAAGACCAGCUUCAUGGGGAGCUUCUAUAUCAUGGGAACAAGCAGAUCUUUUCGCAUCUUUGAAGAAGGUUAGAAAAGAUUCUACAGUUCUCCUGAUAUGCAUUACAGUGUUCCUCUCCUAUCUGCCUGAGGCUGGCCAGUAUUCAAGCUUUUUUCUGUACUUGCGACAGAUUAUAGGUUUUGGAUCUGCCAGCAUUGCAGCGUUUAUUGCUGUGGUAGGCAUUCUGUCUAUAGUAGCUCAGACUGUGUUUCUUGGUAUCUUGAUGAGGUCUAUAGGGAACAAAAAUACAGUUCUCCUUGGCCUUGGCUUUCAGAUCCUUCAGUUGGCUUGGUAUGGUUUUGGAUCUCAGUCUUGGAUGAUGUGGGUAGCAGGAGGUGUAGCAGCAAUGUCAAGCAUUACAUUCCCGGCAAUUGGUGCUCUGGUUUCACGAAAUGCAGAGUCAGACCAACAAGGUGUUGUCCAAGGAAUAAUAACUGGAGUAAGAGGUCUGUGCAAUGGCCUGGGACCAGCACUGUAUGGCUUUAUUUUCUUUCUUUUUCAUGUGGAGCUCAGUGAAUUGCCACCUGAUCAGACUUCUGGAAAGAAAACAAUGCAAGAUCCCAGUGAUGAGAGAGCAAUCAUUCCUGGUCCACCCUUCCUGGUUGGAGCAUGCAUUGUUCUUCUGGCUUUCCUAGUUGCCUUAUUUAUUCCUGAGCACAGCAAAACCAGCAGUACCAGAAAACACAGCAGCAGCAGCAAUACUCUGGGAAACAACCUAGACCGAAGUAGUGAAGAGGACAUUGAACCGUUGCUGCAAGAUAGCAGUGUGAAGGCUACCUUUGAGAAUACUGGAAAAAAUUCAUGCACUGAAUUGCAGCUCUGAAAGCUUAGUGGGAUGUGCAGAGAUCUAGCCCCUGAAAAGAAGGCAGCUUCCCACGUGACAGGGGAACAUCACAUGCAGUAUGAUACUUAAGGUUGAUACCAUACCUGCAGGAGGGUUUGUUUAGCAUAGCAGAUCACAGCUGGGUGUGACUCAACCCAGUAUUGGACUGCAAAUGCUAUGUCAAUUCCUGGUAUUGGCAGAAACGCAAAUAUACAGGCAUCAUGUAGGUUUUUUUUGGGU